UCUCUCUCUCUUUUUCUUUCGUUCUUUUACUCGUUCCUUUACUCAAUUACUCCACUACCCUCGCCUCAAGAGUAUUAGAGAGACCUACAGUCCUCUCCAUUUCUUUAUCUUUCCUCACCCGAUGGAACCCGUGGACAGCACCCAACACGUUAAAACUGACUGGUUAAAACAACAACCACAACAAAAGCGGUCGUCCACCUUCGCGUCGCACAGUCCUUAUAGUGUCAACACCACCAGCAACAACCCAGUCUCCUCUUUGACCAUGCACGAGCGAAACAUGAUAUCAAGCAACACAAAUAAACCAUGGACUUCCAUUGCCGCCACCGAAGUCCAUCAACGAUCCCUUGCCCCGUCACCCACGCUCUCAGUAUCAUCCAUCAUCUCCUCUUCAUCCGGCCCUUCCUUGUCAUUACCAAUAAAGACGAGCAGCAUCGGCUUAAACGGUCAGUUCCUUCCGCCACUCGACCUCGAACCGCUCAUGAUCCAUCCACAAGACGACGAAGACGAAGAAGAUGAUGCUACCCACAACGAUCCUAGUUCUUCUUUGAUACGAAUUCGCGAGCUUGAAGAUCAACUUGCACGGGCACAAGACGAAGCUCGAACAUACAAGGAGCAAUUGGCUCACCAGAACCAAACAGCGCAGCGCAUGCUUGAAGCAUCGUUGGUCGAAACGGAAAAACAAACCAUCGAGAUUCGACAGCUUGUGGAUGUUGUCAACAAACAAGAACGACUUAUCCACUUGUUACAUGAAAAAACAUCAACAUCUUCAUCAUCUACCUUUUGUUCAGCAGCAGCAGCAGCAGCAGCAUCAACAUCAUCAUCCGCAACAACAGCAUCACAAUUAUCAUCGUCGCCACCUCCUCCCCCACCUCAUGACGAAGAAUACACUUACAUGCGAUGCCAAAUAGUGCAGAUGCGUAAAGAGCUAGAUACUUUAAACAGCGAAAAAAGGAGUCUAGAGGCACGCAUGGCAUCAUUUCUGGAAGAAGAAUUGGACGAUAUGACCAUGUCACACGAAGAUUUGAGCACGUUUGGAUAUCGUCAUCAGCGACACAAUUCAGAGCAACAGAACCAAGAGAUUUUACAGCACUUGGAGAUGCGACGACGUAGCAGUAGUGUCUUGGAUGCUGAUCAGUACAGUCUCAUGGCAUUUGGCGGCACCUCACCUCCCAAUCACCAUAUACAAGUCAGUGCUACAAACAGCAGCGGGUUGCUACCCCCAUUGAACCAAGUUCGAGAAGAAGAAGACGAAACGGAUGAUGAUGAUGAUGACGAGGAUGCCGUUUCUCGAUACUCUUCUUUUGCCUCUUCACCCAUGACAACUACCACAUCCUUUCAUUCACCUUCGAUGGCAUCGUCAAACAACUACUUUAUGAAACAAUCAUCAUCAUCCUCGUCUACGGGCGUCCGAGAAUCUAUAGCAUCGCUUUCUUCGCCAACCACUGCAGCAGCCAAUAAUGCUGCCCGCAAAGCAGCUUGGGCUCGUGUCAUGCUUCCUGUGACCGGUGUCAUGCCGCCAGCAACGCCACCUCCUAGCCAUCCGUUACCACCUGUACCACCCAACAUCAUGGAUGGCGACGACGACGACGACGACAAUGCAUCGGAUCAUGGUAGUAAUAUACCAGAAGCACCAGCAAGCAAGGACAAUGAUGACGACACUAAUCAAGACAACCGACAACAAGAAGAAUAUGUCCCACCUUCUCCGGCCACGACCCGUUCUUUCUCACCCGUAUCCUCCAAUCGAAUGUCGAUGCAUCCUCUUGUCAUUUCCACUUCAAUCAGUACCAGUAGUCAUAGCCACACUGCUUCUGCUGCUGCUGCUGCCAAAAAGCAUACGUCAGCCGACGCUAUUACUCGACAAACAAGAGCAGUACGAUCCAUCUCACCACCACCCCCCUCCGCUCCUCCAACGGUAUCGCCCCAAUCAUCAAGUCUUUUGGCUGCUCUCAACAAGAACCAUUCUGUGGACGCCAAUCUCGGAAGACCAAUCGCCACAGGCGCAUCAUCAUCCGAUAGAGCAUCCGUACCAGCAGUAACAGAGAGAGGCAGUUUUUGGAGGGGCAUGAAGAAAAAGUGGAAGAAAUAAGUUGUUACCUUUUGACAACCCGUUGUACAUUAUCAAAAUUGUUCUUUUCUUUUAAAAUCUA